AUGUCGCAUGACACUCUGAUGAACAACUACUUCAACCCCAACUCGGUGUACACUGAAAAAGAUUUUAGAUGUCGCUUCCGGAUGAGGCGUCAUGUCUUCAAGCGUUUACUUCAUGAUGUCCAACAUGUCAAUCCAUACUUUCAACAGAAAUUAGACAGAGCAGGUCGUCCUGGUUUGUCACCUCAUCAUAAGGUUACUAUUGCACUUCGAAUGCUAGCCUAUGCCUCCCCAGCUGAUGCGAUGCAUGAUACAUAUGGUAUCUCUAAGUCUACACGCCUUGAUAAUCUUGUUGAAUUCUGUCACACAGUUGUUCAGCUUUACAAGGAGGAGUACCUCCGUGAACCAAAUCAAGCAGAUAUGGAUUGGCUUAUUUGCAAAGCUGAAGAUCGUGGCUUUUCGGGCAUGAUAUGGUCACUAGGUUGCAUGCAUUGGCAGUGGAAGAAUUGUCCCACCUGA